UACCAAAAAAGAAGAUAAAGUAACUUUGGUCCACCAUUUUUUCAAUUAUAUCUCUUUCACUUUCCUGUUUUAAUCACCAUCAUAUCCAUUUCUCUUUAUUUUACAUGCCAAGAACUUGUGAACACAUUGAAAUUGAAGAGUAGAUACACUUAUCUUUGAGUUGAUAAAGAAAACAUGGCAAGAAUAAUAGCUUUGUUUGUUCUUUGCUCAGUAUUAUUUGCUUCUAUUAAUGCUAUAAGUGCCAAUUUCAUGGACACUUUCCUUGUGGUUGGCAAAGUUUAUUGCGACACUUGCCGUUGUGGCUUUGAGACCUCUGCCUCCAAGUAUCUUCCUGGGUCGAGGGUUAGAAUUGAGUGCAAGAAAAGGGAUACUAACGAUUUGGCAUACACAGUAGAAGGUGUAACAAACUCUAAAGGAGAAUACAAGAUCCUUGUGAACAGUGACCGCGGCGAUGAAUUUUGCGAUGUGGUCCUUAUUAGAAGCUCCGAUCCUACAUGUGAUGAACCCAACAAGGGCCGAGAUCGCGCCCGCGUUGUCCUCACUCGCAACAAUGGCAUGGUCUCUAAAACUAUCUUAGCUAAUUCCAUGGGGUUCCUUACUAACGAGCCUCUGGCUAGUUGCACAAAAAUCCUUCAGCAGUUUUCGGAAGACCAAUUUUAAAGGGUUUAAAACAUUAUUAUUAUUUUUAUUAUUAUUAAAUGACGAUUAUUUUGUCAAAAUUGAUGCAUGUUCGUGUUUGAUUUAAUAGAUGUGUUAUGUGUAAUGUCUUUUGAAGUUAAACGAGUUAUUGUUUUAAUGGCUUAGCUUGUUAAGUUCCUUUAUCUGAAAUGUUAAUGUUAAUAGAGUUUCAAAUUACAGUGUGUA